CCCGCGCCGCGGCGCACCGGCUUUCCCUAACGCCCCGCUGUGUCAUUGUAGCGCGCUUCCCCCUGCAGCAUCCCGCGCCUCGGUCUGCUGUCGCCUGCUGGGCUGCAAUGGAGUACCUCAUCGGCAUUCAAGGGCCCGACUUCGUGCUGGUGGCCGCCGAUACCGUCGCCGCCUCCAGCAUCGUCCACAUGAAGCGCGAUCAUGACAAGAUGUUCAAGAUGAGUGAGAACAUUUUGCUGCUGUGUGUUGGAGAGGCUGGUGACACUGUCCAGUUUGCAGAAUACAUCCAGAAAAAUGUCCAGCUUUACAAGAUGAGGAAUGGAUAUGAGCUGUCUCCAACUGCAGCUGCCAACUUCACACGCCGAAACCUGGCUGACUAUCUGCGGAGUCGGACGCCUUACCAUGUCAACCUCCUCCUGGCUGGCUAUGAUGAACAGGAUGGGCCUGCCCUUUACUAUAUGGACUAUCUUGCCUCUUUGGCCAAAGCUCCCUUCGCAGCCCAUGGCUAUGGGGCAUUUCUAACACUCAGCAUCCUUGACCGCUACUACAAACCAGGUAUCACCCGUGAAGAAGCAGUGGAGGUUCUCCAGAAAUGUCUCGAGGAGCUUCAGAAACGCUUCAUCCUGAACUUGCCUUCCUUCAGUGCUCGCUUCAUCGAUAAAGAUGGCAUCCAUGAAGUGACCGACAUACCUCUCCUAAAAUCAGUGUCCUGAGCACCUGUUCUUUCUCCUUUCUCCUCGGUUUGACAUUUUGUACUUGUCUGCAAUCCAGGGCUCUUGCCUUACAAUUUGCAGACACAAAUAAAAGUGGACUCUUACAACA